UCCGUUGGUUGGUGGUGAGCAAGUGUAUAUGGUGGUAGCUUGCUUUAAAUACACUAUAAUUGCUUCUUCUCCUUCUCCUUCUCCACACAACAGAUGUUGAUAUCUGCUCCAACAAUGGCUUCUCACAAGGACAAGAUAACGAAAAUGGUGGUGGAUGUUGAUCUCAGCUGCUCUGACUGCUACAAGAAGGUUAAGAAGGUCAUGUGUAAAAUACCCGAAAUAAGGGACCAAGAAUAUGAUAUUGGCAAAAACAAGGUCAAGAUUAGCGUAAUAAGUUGUUGUCCAGACAUGAUCCGAGACAAACUUAGCCGCAAGGGUGGAACCUCCAUUCUCAAGAUUGAAAUAAUUGUUGAAAAGCCCAAACACCCUAAUUCUGAUCAUAAGCCAAAACCAGCUCCAGCCGAUACCAAAGCCGCUAACAAGCCCAGAACAGCAGCUGUUGAUCAUAAAGGAGACGGAGAUUCCAAGAAACCCCAAGUGGCCAAGAAAAUGAUGUUUGAACCACCGGUUCAUGGGUAUCCACAAAUAAUGUACCCACCAACUAACCCUGUAGUUGGAUAUAGAUAUGGGUACGAAUCCUACGAUGGUAAUUAUGGUGGCGGAGCCCCAUUUAAGGGUCAUGGGUAUGGAAUGCCACUACAACCAUGUGGAUAUGGAUCAUAUGAUUAUGGGUAUAAUCAAAACAAUAACAUGACUAGUGAUAAUUACGAAAAUCCGCAAGGAUGCUCAAUAAUGUAAAAGAGCGAUGGUCGUCAAAUAAGUUUUUGGUACAAGACUUUCUUCCUAUAUAUCUUAACUGUCAUUUUACACAACAUGUAUAAGUAAUUGAUAGUAUUUUGUUUAA